AUGACGUCAACAACUCCUGGAUAUUAUCCUGAUGAACCCUGGAGAAACCUACGUCUACCUCGCACCAUUCUUCCAGUACACUAUGACUUAACACUGUAUCCAGAUUUUUAUGAAAAUAAUGGUUGGUUUUAUGGUAACGAAACCAUUACGAUUCGUCUUGAUGAAUCUUCGAAAUAUAUUCUAGUACAUUACAAAUUUAUGAAUAUUACUAAAACAGAAUUACGAGAAGCUGGAACAAAUAAUCAGAUUGAUAUUGCUCGAACAUUUACCAAUGAAGAGAAUCAAUUUUGGGUAGUUCAAACUUCUACAGAUAUUGCAAAAGGAAGUAUGGUCGAUUUAUACUUGGAAUUUGAUGGAUCGUUGACAAAUGCUAUAGUUGGUUUUUAUAAGAGUACAUACGUUAAUUCUAUUACUAAUGAAACCAGAAAUUUAGCCACAUCGAAAUUUGAACCUGUUGAUGCCAGAAGAGCAUUCCCAUGUUUUGAUGAGCCAAAUAUUAAAGCUGAGUACACGAUAAGAUUAGUCCACAGACCAGAGUAUACACCUUUAUCCAAUAUGCCAGAUAGCACAAGCGAUUUUGCGACUAAUUUGGUGCGGACAACGUUUAAAAAAUCUGUUAAAAUGAGCACUUAUUUGGUUUGUUUUAUUGUAUGUGAUUUUAAAUAUAUAGAAGUUAACACGACUACAAAUAGAACGUUAAGAGUUUACGCUACCCCUGAUAAAAUAGACCAAGCUAGUUAUGCACUCAACGUAAGUAAACAUACUAUGGAAUAUUAUGAGAAGAUAUUUGAUCUGCCUUAUCCACUCCCUAAACAAGAUAUGAUUGCUAUUCCUGAUUUUGUAUCUGGUGCUAUGGAACACUGGGGUUUGAUAACAUACCGAGAGACCAAUUUACUAUAUGAUGAAAACAGUGCUUCCUCCGCUAACAAACAACGUGUUGCAGCAGUUAUAGCUCAUGAAGUAGCUCAUCAGUGGUUUGGUAACAUUGUUACCAUGGAUUGGUGGGAUGAUCUCUGGUUAAAUGAAGGUUUCGCCAGUUUUAUGGAAUAUAUCGGAGUUUCUUCAUAUGAAACUGACUGGGAUAUGAUGGACCAAUUUUUAACAGCCGAUCUACAACCAGUGAUGGAAACCGAUGCCGGUCUCGAAUCUCACCCUAUCGUAGUUCCAGUUCAAAAACCCAGUGAAAUAAACGAAGUCUUUGAUGCUAUAUCAUACCAAAAGGGUUCCUCUGUUAUAAGGAUGAUGGAAUCUAUUAUGGGAAAAGACAAAUUUUUCCAGGGUGUUGCGAAAUAUUUAAAGCAAUAUGAAUGGGGCAAUGCUAUAACAGACAACUUAUGGCAGUCUUUGAGUGAGGUAAGCUCGCUUGACGUGAAACAUAUAAUGGAUACAUGGACACGACAGAUGGGAUAUCCUUAUAUAAAUAUAUCUUAUUCUCCACCAUCAGCAACAGGACAAACUACAGUUACAGCAAAACAAAGACGAUUUCUUAGUGAUGCCAAUACCACAUUUGAUCCCAGUGUAUCUGAAUUCGGGUAUAAAUGGUACGUUAAUCUGGAUUACGUCACUUCCGAUGGUAAAAAUGGAAGCUACAUUCUAGAUUUAAAUGAUGGAUCAUUUACUGUUGAUAUUGACAUGUCAAUCCCAAAUAAUUGGAUUAAAUUCAACAUUGGACAAACUGGAUUCUAUAGAGUUACCUAUUCAGAUGAAAUAUGGAGAAGGUUUGGUUCCAGUCUUACCAAUGGUCAGAAAGGAUCUUUACCAAUUCGUCCUGUGGAUAGAUCAGCAUUAGUUGAUGAUGCAUUCAGUCUAGCUGCUGGUGGAUAUUUAAAUUAUGACGUAAUGAUGGAUAUGACAUUAUACCUCGAUAAAGAAGAUCAUUAUCUGCCUUGGAAAUCAGCUGGAAAUGGAAUAGACUACAUCACUAACAUGUUAGAACAUUCUGGUAAUUUUGGUCCAUGGCGGGAAUAUGUAUUAAGUAAAGUAAAGCCUGCUCUAAUAGAGAUUGGAUGGGACGACACAGGGUCACAUCUAGAGAAAUUAUUACGCGUAGAAUUAAUUAGUCUAGCAUGUUACCAUGGUGAUGAAGAUUGUUUAAAUUUUGCUGGAACGAAAUUCCGAGAAUGGUUGAGUAAAGGAACCCCCGUGAGUCCAAACUUGCGAACUAUAGUGUACAGAUAUGGUAUGGCUAAAGUUGGUACCUCAGAUGACUGGGAUCAAAUCUGGUUGAAAUAUAAACAAGAAACAGUACCACAAGAACGAGUAAAAUUACUCUAUGCUUUAUCUCAAACUAAAAUUGUUUGGCUUCUAACAAGAUAUUUAGAAUAUGCUAACAACGAAGACAAAGUUCGAUCACAAGAUUUCUUCACAGUGGUAAACUAUAUCAGUAGAAAUUCAAUAGGGAAAGAUAUCACUUGGAAUUGGGUUCGUGAAAACUGGCAAAAACUCGUGGAUAGAUUUACAUUGUAUUCUCGUUCACUGGGUAGACUGGUACCAAACAUAGUCAGUAGUUUUAAUUCCGAUUUCAGACUUAAAGAGGCAACAUUCUUUAAACUAUAUCCUGACGCUGGGUCUGGUGCUAGGGGUAGAAAACAAGCAUUAGAGUCUAUUCAAGUUAAUGUUAAUUGGAUGAACAAAUACAACUCUGUCAUUAUACAAUGGUUAAAAGACAAUGCAUAA